AUGUUGAGAAACUCUUCUAUUAUGGGCAUCACCGUCAACAUUCGCAACCUACUGGCUUUUGCAAAAUGCUUAGUGGUUAUUGAUGAUUUGUGGUUACUGGAUUACCUAGACUGGCUAAAUCCGCAGUUGCACGGGAUGCUAGAAUUUAUUGUGAAAAGAUGCAAAGGCAUACCGUUGGCCAUUAAUGUGCUUGGAAGCUUGUUGGCAACAAAGCAGACAUCAGGUGAGUGGAAGGCAGCUCUUCGCGCUAUGGAGUUGUCUAACGUCCAUCAAGAAGAUAGUUUGCAACUGUUAAAACUGAAAAUUUUAUCUUUAUGUUAUGAUGACAUGCCACACCAUUUAAAGCUUUGUUUCCUUUAUUUGGGCCUCUUCUCUGAGCAACCAAGCAUAGAGGUGGAAACACUAUACCAGCUGUGGAUGGCUGAAGGCUUUGUACAACCGAACAACGAAGAAUCUGCAAUAACAAUGAUGGAUGCAGCGGAGCAGUAUCUGGAUGAAUUAGCAACCAGAGGUUUUGUUGAGGUUAAUGAAGCUGAGGUUCCGAAUAUCAGACGGUUCAAAUCUUGUCGUCUGCAUAGCAUGAUGUUAGACUUGUGUCUUCACAAGGCCAAACAAGAAAUAUUUUCUGAGGUUAUAAGAUCAUGUCAGAGAAACGAAAUCAACAAGUCUCCCACUCCAUUCGGCAACAUACGUAGACUUUCCAUGAACGUUGGUGGGGGUUAUCAGAGUGAAGAUGUAAUGGCCGUCUUGCUGAAAAAUGCUUACAUGCAUCUUGGUUAUCUUAGGUCUCUUCUUCUCUUAAAAUUACCCCGACGUUUGGAGUUUGUAGAGUUUUCGGAGUCAAUAAACUUGAAGUUGUUCCUCUUGCUUAGAGUUUUAAGAUUUGAUGGUUUUGACCUACGAGAGAGCAAAUUUGUUGGAGAAGUUGGGAAAUUGACAUCUUUGCGAUACCUAAGCUUCAGAGACUGUCGCCUAAACAACCUGCCAUUAAGUCUUGGUGAGUUGUUGAACUUGCAAACACUUGAUUUGCGAGUAGUAAUAGAUCGGAUGGUUACCAUACCAAACAUCAUCUGGAAGUUAAAAAGGUUGCGGCAUCUUUAUUUGCCUUCGAAAUUUAAUGCUCGAGAGGAUGAUAAGUUGCGUUUGGAUAGUUUGGUGAACUUGGAGACGCUUGAAAACUUUGAUACCAGUGCAUGCAGUACAACCGAUCUUCUCUUCUUGACGAGUCUUCGGAACCUAACAGCAUCUGUUAAAGGGAAUGCUAAGUCCCUACAGGGCAUCAUCAAACGCAUAAAUAUGAACCAGAAUUGCUUAUGCCAAACCUCUAUUCAUGUAAGACGUUUCGACGCAUUUACUGCAGAAGAGAGAAAUUUGUCAAUGAGCCAACUACUUGAGUGUCCCUCCCUUCAUACGUUGCAGAUCAAGGGAUGCAUGAGCAUACUACCACAUAUAAUUUGUUACAGUCUCACUCGCAUAGUUCUAAGCCGCUCUGCACUUGUCAAUGAUCCUAUGGCAACUCUGGGGAGGUUUCCAAAUUUAUGGGACCUUGUUCUAGAAGACGGAGCUUUUUUGGGAAAACGGUUGACUUUUGCAUCAGGGGCAUUUGGUCAACUCAAACAUCUUACACUCUCAAAUUUGCCAAAGUUGGAGUUCUUGAUUGAAGAAGAAGGAUCAAUGCCCAAUCUUUGUACCUUGCAGGUCGAAGGAUGUAACAACCUUAAAGAGCUUCCAAUCAGACUUCAGGAAUUGCAGGGUAAGAAUUCUUUGCAACCAUCAAUGUUGAAACUUCAUCCUUGUGAGGGGGCGCCAACUUUGUAUUGGAGUACGUGA